AUGGCACUGCCAGAUAUGUUGUCAAGAGCUCCAUUACCCGAAACUGACGAGGAAAUGGGAAAAGAAAUUAAUCUGCACGUACAUCUCGUAAGUUCAACCCUACCAGCUUCAGAAUUCAAAUUACAAGAAAUUAGAGAAGCAACAAAGAGCGACGAAGAACUAAGAACAUUAUUGAAUAUCAUUCAGAACGGAUGGCCAGAUCAGAGAGAGAGAGAGAGAGAGAGAGCGUACCGUUGUCAGUCCUACCCUAUUGGAACAUUCGCGAUGAAUUGUCGGUGAUAGAUGGAAUCAUCUUGAAAGGCGACCGUAUUGUCGUACCAUUAGCAAUGAGAAAGGAAAUGCUACAAAGAAUACAUCAUGGUCACAUGGAGAUCGAAGCGAAGAGCUCGGGAUGCUCUUUAUUGGCCUUUGAUGAGCAAGCAGAUACCUGAAAUGGUAUCGAAGUGCACCGUAUGUCUUGAGCACAGAAAGGAGAAUACCAAAGAGCCUAUGAUACCUUUCAGAGUACCAACCAUACCUUGGGAAGUGGUGGCAACAGAUUUAUUUAGUUUGGACAACUCGGACUAUCUACUUAUUGUUGACUAUCUUUCCAGAUACUUUGAAGUUGUUAAGUUACCAGACACAAAGAGUUCAACGGUUAUCACGUACACCAAGUCGAUAUUCUCCCGACAUGGUAUUCCUGCAGAAGUCAUAAGUGAUAUUGGGCCACAAUACUCAUCUUGAGAAUUUCAAGCAUUCGCAGAAUGCUGGGAAUUCAAGCAUACGACAGUUAGUCCUUUCAACCCACAAGCCAAUGGUUUAGAAGAAAGGACUGUACAAACUAUCAAAGAUCUUUUAGUUAAAUCGAAGAAAGAUCAACGAGAUCCAUAUUUAAGUUUAUUGGAAUAUCGAAACACUCCUAUCGAUGAUGUGGGAAGUCCAGCGCAGUUACAGAUGAAUAGGCGUUUGCGUUCAAGAAUUCCUCAAACGAUAUCGCAGUUGAAGCCCCGUCUUCUAGAUCCUGUUGAAGUAAAGAAAAAAUUGAAUCUCAAGCAGCAGAAACAGAAAUUCUAUUAUGAUCGUCGUUCAAAAUCCCUUACUAAGGCCCCGUUUACAUGAGACCGGAACGAAGUCAAACCGGGACCAUCUCGUUUCGGUCAUAGUAUGAUCUAUAAUAGAUGUUUACAUGAGACCGGGACGAAAAUAACUCAGACCGGUCUCAAGUCAUUCCGCCUUCUGGACCGAACCGACUGAAUGGACACAAAUUAUAUAUAUAUAUAUUAUACUGAAUUUUUAACACUCUUCUGGUUCCCUAUGCUUGUAAAUUAACACAGACUAGAGAUUCAAUUCAAGAAAGUUCGGAAGUUCCGAAAUAUUAACAACAUUCCAAUGGUCGGGUCCCGACCAUUGAAAUGUAGGCCUGCGCAGAACGUAUGCUUAGAACGGACUUUACAUUCACCUUUAAUUCUUGGAUUAUGUUGAAAUAAUGUUCGGGAACUAUAGCUGUUCGGUAUAAAAUUCAGGUUGCUGCAGUAGUGUAAUUCUAUAGUUAAAUUGUUCUUGUGUUGAAGCUAUGAAUCUCCGAUCUCGUUUCAAGUUUUAUCACACAAGUACGAUGGAGCCAAUCCUAAUUCGUGCAUUUUAAAGUCAUCAUAACAUCUCUGAAAUUUAGUGUACAUGUAUUCCACUGCAUGGAUGCCGACGUAGCUGUUGAAGAACAGGUGUAACAUGAUCAAUUUUUGGAGUUGGAAUAUAUUCUUUUUCAAGGAAUUAGACCAAACAGAAAAACAAUAGUAUACAUUCUACUGAAAAUUAAUGAACUUGUUAUGCUUGACUGCGAGGGGCAUUUCACUCCAAAAAUCCCGUACACUUCGUCAAAAAAUCCGAAUAAAUCCGGAAAAUCCAACAGAUUUUCUCUUCAAAAAUCCGCUAAAAAUCCGCUAAAAAAUCCGCGGAUUUUUAAAAAUCCGAAAAUCCCGUACGCUUUGUUGGAGUGAAAUUCCCCUCGCUUGACUGCAUGUCAAAUAUCAUUUUGACAUUAGGAACCAAACUAUGGAUGAAGCGAAAAAUUGAAAACCGCAUUACUCACUCUUUUGACCAAAAAUCUAUUUGCAUCCUACCCUUGCCUGUUAUAAUACGUUGUCAAACUUUAUUUAAACGAAUAUAUAAGCUUACUAUACAUGUAUCUGUCUGAUCGUACAUAUAAUAAUUAUAUGCCACUUUAUACUCACGCAUGAUAAUAACUUAUACAUGCACGCGCGUUUCAAUUUACAUAUACAACUGCAUUUAUGCGGCUGAUCGACUUGUCCGCAGUCGUCUCUGUGACAUGCGCGAAAACACCCCUUGGCGCGCUUUCCAAUUCGCUCGUGCUCACAGAGACGACUGGGGACGAGUCAGGUAUAUAGGGGGAGCGCAAACGAAAAGUCAAUUAUCCGCGUUUUUUUUUAUUUCUAGCAACUGCAAUUAGCAAGAUCAGACUCUGAUCUUUCACCAAACUCUGGAUUGACAUUGUCAAAUAACGCUGGAAACCCAGGCUCACAUAGACCACAAUUGCUCGCCAUGUCUAGACAUUCUGCCCUCAAUACACAGGUAUAUAUUUGAUUUCAAAUUGUUGUAUCUUAAAUAGUCUGUAUCGAUGACUAUAACGUAAAAUAUAAAAAGUUGCAUGAUUGAUGUUCGAGUGCUAGAUGAAAUUAAAUAUUGGGUGAAAAGUUAUAAAUCAACCUUUAUAAAUAUAUUUUGCUUUAUUAAUUCUCUAUUUGAUUGUACUAUUACGGUGUUGUUUUUCUUAAAGUUUUAAAAAUUUUACCCGUCUGAAUAUGCUGCCCAUUCAGUUUUUUGUAUCAGAAAAAAAUAUUUCAUCCAACUGUAUAAAAUAUUAAACUUGUAUGUUUUCAAUCGUUGUUGUCCAGGAAAUGCAAGCGCGACCGACCCACCGUAGGUAAGAAGAAAAUUUUCCAAGCAUUUCCCGGAAAAAAAUCGCAAACUGAAAAUUGCAUUUUUAGGUACUUUUAUCGUCAUAAUAACCAGCUUUACAUUUAUAAAAAACGUAAUAUCUUUUAUUUCGAACCAGUAUGAUAUAGGCAGUAGAUUAAGUUUCUUUAAACUGUUGGUGUAAGAUGAGGUGAAGUCUUGAAGGAUAUACUAGGUCGCUCGUCUUUGGACACUUUCUAGACAAAGAAGGUCCCUAGAUGUUGUUUGGGGUGCCCAAAUUUCACUGCCAUAACACAGGUGUGUACGAGUAAGUGUCAAAUAGAGAGAGCGUCGACAAUUUAUAUCAGUUAAAUAUGCGCAGUUACGUCGUAGAAAUCCAAGCAUGCGGUUUGCUUUGAAAACAAUGUUAGAAAUAUGAGGCGACCAUUUUAGAUUAUUCGUAAUAAGUAUACCAAGAUCCUUUUGAGUUGAUUUAAAAGGGAUCUGUCUGGAGCAUAAAAAGUAAUCGGGAGACUCAAUACAACGUUUCCGUGAAAAUCUUAUUCCAGAACAUUUCUUCAAGUUGAACUUUAACUUCGACGUAGAAGACCAAAGACACAGGGCUUGAGGAUCUGAUUGGAGGAGAUUAGAGUCGUGUGGAUUGUUUAUGAUUUUAUAGCAUUUACUGUCGUCGGCAAGCAUUGGUACUUUGCUGUGUUUUGCUGCGUCAGGAAGGUCGUUAACGUAGAUCAAGAAAAGCAAUGGGCCAAUAAUACUGCCUUGAGGAACACCAGAUGUUACAUCUAGGUAACUUGACGAGAAACCGUCCACUACCACGCGCUGUUUACGUCCAGACAGACUAGAAAAUACAUGCAUGCAGAAACCCUCGCCUUGCUGACAAAACCAUUUUAUUUUCCGAACGCGAAGUAUUUUAAGUAGUUGUCAUGGUAACACGAUAUUUUUUUAAGAAUAUUUUUACAAAUGAAAAAUCCCCCAGAAAUAACACUUUUAAUUACAAAAUUAUCAAUUUCCUAAACAUAUACAUGUUAGGUAUGUUAUUAUACGUAAUAUAAGCAUGAAUUUAAAGUAAAAUUCAACCACAAACGCUUCGCAAAACGUUUUAAAAUGUUCUUUUACUAUAGAACUAAACUGCCUUUAUCGAUAAACUUUGAGUUCGAAAUAAAAUGAUUCCAAAUUCUCCUAUGCAAAUAACUUUGCUUAGUAUAAUAAAAAGUGUAAUCAAUAAAGAAACACUGAAAUAAUACGCUGUCUUGUUUCAUAUUUAUACACAACGAUCGGCUUUUAAAUUAAUUACAGUAGGUAUGUUAUUAUACGUAAUAUAAGCUUCAAUUUAAGGUAAAAUUCAACCACAAACGCUUCGCAAAACGUUUGAAAGUGUUCUUUUAAUAUAGAACUAAACCGCCUUUAUCGAUAAACUUUGAGUUCGAAAUAAAAUUCAGUAUUCCAAAUUCUCCCAUGUAAAUAACCUUACUUUGCUUAGUAUAAUAAAAAGUGUAAUCAAGAAUGAAACACUGAAAUAAUACGCUGUCUUGUUUCAUAUUUUAUAUACGCAACGAUCGGCUUUUAAAGUAAUUACAGUCGAGAUUACAGUAUGUUAAAAGCAAACAAUGCAUCAAUAUUUAAAACAAACUUACCUUCGUUAACGUCGGCACCUUUACUUCCUUCUUUUAGCAAUCCUCUUGCCUUUAUUUCAUCAAAAAUCCUUUGCAAUUUACAAAAUCUUGCAAAAAUGAAAUAUAUUUGCAAGAAAUCAUCAAAUCAAUUUCGCUGUCGUCAAUCGUCAUGCAGCCGUUAUAAUGCCAAUUUUAAAUUGGACCAAUCAGUGUUGGCUAUUCAUUACAGUCCGCUAUAUUAUGAGAUCAGUGAGGAUGACCACCCACCGAAACACGCACAGUGACCCACGCCCGCGAUAUUUGAUGAACUUUAGACUUCGCUAAUGCUUCCCUUCCCCGGGUAUAAAUAGCCGGGGGGAAUUAGUACCCUCGCACGGCGCUUCGCGCCGCCGGCUCGGGGAUAAUCAGAAAACCAGUCUAAGAGCGGCCCAGUAAUACCAAAUUGGGAGAGUUUAAAAAUAAGUUUAUCGUGAGGUGCCGAAUCGAAAGCUUUAAACUACACUUGCGAUUUUUAAAAAACUUUCUUAAAAAAUUCAGAAUAUUAUGAUAUAAUAAUGAUAUUAAAACCGUAUUUUUCCGCUGUUGUAGCUGUUUUGCUAAAAUAGGCUAGAUACAUGUUGCCGUCAUGUUUCCAUAGUAACGCCAUGAGUUUGUGUUAGAAUUACUCUUUGAUAUACAAGGAAUCAAAGACUCACGCAAAAAUGGAAUUCUCGCAGCUUAUAUAUCCUUUCAAAUGACUUUUACUUCAAAACAAUGGUUCGUUAUAGAAACUGUAGGGAGCCUCCUUAAUAAAAAUAUUUUUAUUUAACAGCAUGCGAGCAGCAGUUCACCUCCACCCACGACGAAAUUCAUUCCAAACAUCACACAAAAUAACAUCGUUCACCUGAAGGACGAUCGUGAAGCUCCGAGAAAGCCCGAUAUGGUAACGACUGGAAUGCAGACAGUUCCAAUUGAAAAUCAGUCGAAAUUCCUACGUAGACCUGUAGCAAGAAGAGCGAAAGUUUCAAUUGCAAAACUAACCAGUAAACGUGUUGAACAACAGAAUGCUGAGGUACUUUUUGUAGACGAUGUUUAAAAAUGUUCUAGUCUAUAAGUAGUAUUCAACUGUAUGCCGUAAAAGAAUUGUCUUGCAUGCCUGACUAGGAUAUCUCAAACCUGGUGGUCCAGUGUACUGUAUAUUAGGAUGUUAGGGUUUGUAAUCCAAGUGAGAAUAUAUACAUUUUAAGACCUAACCAGGAACGACAACGAAAAAAUGCAGCACAAAGUCCUCUGGUAGGAAUUGAACCUACGGCCCUGCGAUUCCGGUGCAGCGCUCUAACCAACUGAGCUACAGAGGCCAGUUGUUAAGCUGUAACCGUAAGUUCAUGUAUAUAUAGGUAAUCGGGUGUGCGGGUUGUGAUAAGGUGGACUUGAAUGAUUUAGAUUUUUGCACUUCACUUGGUGGAGUUAAUAUUAGGAUGUUAGGGUUUGUAAUCCAAGUGAGAAUAUAUACAUUUUAAGACCUAACCAGCAACGACAGCGAAAAAUGCAGCACAAGGUCCUCUGGUAGGAAUUGAACCUACGGCCCUGCGAUUCCGGUGCAGCGCUCUAACCAAAUGAGCUACAGAGGCCAGCUGUUAAGAGACAAUGUCCACUAAAACCGAGCAAAAUCGAGAAUACGUGGCACAUGAGGAAAAAUAAAAAUCUUCUUUUUUUUCCAGUAAUACUCUAAUGUGUACUCAGAAACGUGGUGGGGUUUGUUUUCUGAAAUAUUAUUUUAAACGCCGAAAAUUAUCAAAACCUCACACAUACCCGAGAUUCGCGAAAUUAGCAAAAAAAAUUGUGAGCUACGGCCCCUCGAAAAUUUCGUUUUUCUCAAUUGGCGUGUGAUGAAACCUCACCUUUCGUUUUUAAACGUGUUUAUAAGAUGUUUAUAAAGACCGUGGGUCCAAUUUUUAAUUUUUGAAAUGAUUUUUCAAUGUCAAGACAAGCGUGUAAAAAUCGUCUUUUUUUCCGAUCCAGAAAAUUCUAAAUUGUUACACUUUUUGAAAAUUAAUUUUCCGUAUCCGGGAAAACUCCAAUUUUCUUGAAAUUUAGGGAAUUUGAAGAGAAACUGUUGCUCUAAAACCUGAUGUAAACAUUAUUUUGGGGCUUUUUGUUACCGCGGAAUUAUACUGACUAUAAUAUCGAGAAAAUCAAAAAAACAACUUAAAAAUCCUCAGACAAUUAGGCACUUUGCUUUAAUCAUUCUUGCUUGUUUUCUCUUGUUAUUGAUAGGAAAGAUAAGACGUAGAUCAUUUUAAACUAGUUUGCCUAUUUCUAGAUAAAAAUACGCUGUUAAACUCUCCAAGACUAAGAUUUCUGCUUCAAAUUCUUGUUUCAAUUGAUCGAUCCAUGCGCGCCAAUUAAAAUAAACUAGAAACACUUGUACACUCGCUAGAUUCAAGGCUAUAUAUACUUACUAUAAACAGUCAAUUACUUAUAUUUGAGCAUGUUGUGCUCUAAGCAGUUCAGUUUAAGCGUCAAACUUCGGCCUUAUUUUCAUUGAAGCCGGGCAAGUUCAGUCGUUUAAUUAAAGGGACAGGGCCGUUCCUAGCGUGAUAAUUGGGGGUGUAUGUUCACAGGGUCUUAGCUAGGAUUUUAGAUCUUGGGCGUGUUUCUAAAUGACCAGGGUGUGCACAUGUCAAUUACCUUGAAUAGCCAAAUUCACGGUUCUACAACAACGGACAAUGCCUGUGGUUCUAUGCUUUGCAACCAAAUACAAGGCGAGUAUACAGGGUGUCCCAAAAAAAACGAAAACUAUUGAAAUCACUUAUUGUUAAAUUUGAAUGCCCUACCAAACAGCUGGACGUAAUGAUGCGUAAAAUAUUGACAAGGCGCAUGUAUUAGAAUUUAGUUAGGAAUAUCUCCUGGCAAAGUGCGCGAUUUUCUGCUCCUGGGAAUUAAAAACAGCUUCUUAAACAGUUUCUUUAUGCAUAAAAUUUACUUAUGUCAAUCAUUUAUGCACUCGUGGGAACCAACAGAGCGCUAAGGCAUUCAAAUUCUAACAAUCAAAUUGUUAUUGGUGAUUUCAAUAGUUUUCGUUUUUUUUGGGACACCCUGUAUAUACUCAUAUUGCGCACUGAAGUUAUUUCAGCAACUCUUGGGGGUACUCUAACAACUCUUGGGGGCACUUUUGCCAAUUUCAACAACAACAAUAGAUUUUCCAAACUUUCUUAUGACGUAAAUAGAAAGAAAUUCUGUCUGUUGUAAUGAACCUACUGUACACGGCCUUAUAUAAAUAAUGAAGCCGCGUUCAUUUUAUCUAGCCGUGUUUUUCCAUUUUUGGCCGCGAUAACACGGCCAACACGGCCCUCUAGCUAAGACCCUGUAUGUUCAUAUAUUCGUCUUCUGCGCGACGGAUUUCUUUUGAAAGCGAUUGUUUUUACGGUAUCGAGCAUGAAUAUAUGAAUAUACCCCCCCCCCCAUUAUCGCGUCUAGGAACGGCCCUGUUGAGGGAUAUGAUCGGAAAUAGCAUGAAUAUAGAAAUUAGAUUCCCUUAUCUGAAAGAACUUUUAAAAUGACGUGGAAAACAUUUAAAAGCUUUUUUUAAGUCUCGCUUAUUUCUCGACCUUAAGAAAAGCUUCUGUUGUGAUGGAGCUAAACUGUGGAACUCAUUACCUAAAUGCAAUUGACGCUUAUAACGAGGGUCGUACGUCGAGGUCGAGGGUCGAAAAUAGUAAAUUUUUAUCCAUUUCAAAAGUUUACAACCAUUUUGAAAGCUCCCAAAAGCGGCAAAACAAUUAGUUUUGCUCUCAAAACUGAAAAAUUUCGCCUACGGCUAUAAUCUAUAUGUAUACUGAAAGUUUCGCUGAAGAACUAUAAGUCUGAUGCGAGGUUUGAUGUUUGAAAGUAUACGUAUUUUAAUAUACAUCGGAAUUUAAAAUAUACAAACAUGGGCGAUGAUCAGAGGCGAUGAUACAAAAUUUGCGUUUCGCCAGUGCCGUAGCUAGCUCGAUAAUUGGAGGGGGGGCAGAUAUUCAUAUAUUUGUGUUCACAGACCAUAAAAACAAUCGAUUUCAAAAGAAAUUAAUAACGCAGAACACGAAUAUAUGAAUGUCUGCCCCCCCCAAUUAUCGAGCUAGCUACGGCACUGCGUUUCGCUCUCGUGAGAAAUUUGAUUAUAAGAGGCAGUUUAUAUGGUCCCGCUUACCCGGGAUUCAAUGAAGUGUAACGUAUUUUGAUCGAGCAAUUGAAAUACGUGUUUCAGCCCUAAACAAAAGUUAGAUAACUUUAAAUAUUUUUUAAACGAAAUUAGGAAUGCGCCUGAAGUUAUGUAGUGAAAGAAGACGAUUAAUAGCAUUCAACAACAUUUGGUUUUUUGUUUAAGACAUGGAAUUUCAUACAAUUUGUAACGAGCAAUUUUGUUAUAUCAUGAAGUGCGACUAAUUUACAUUGCUCAAAAUACGCACGUCACACUUUAUUAAAUUCUAGGACCUGGGGAAGCGGGACCAUGGCCCCAACUUAUUUUUCACCCUGCUCGGUUUCCUUUGUUCUUAUCGGGGAAUAUAUUCAAUAUUCCCCUCUAAUCAAUUUCCGUUAAUAAUCCCCUCUAAUAUUCACCUGCAAUUAAUAAUCCCCUCUAAUACUCACCUGCAAUGUCUUUGCAGCACAAAAAAGAGAAAAAAAAACAACAUAACGAAGGCAAUAUGGCAUUAAGAUAAGGCAAUAUGGCAUUUCUAUUCUAUUAUGGCAACAUAACGAAGGCAAUAUGGCAUUUCUAUUCUGUCUCAUGAACGCAACCUCGCAAUGUGAAAAAUAAGUACGUUAUUUUGAGGCACCUCGGGGAUAUGUGUUUAUUCACCUCGGCGCUGCGCGCCUCGGUGAAUAAAUCACAUAUCCCCUCGUUGCCUCAAAAUAACCUAUACUUAAUGGCAUGGCGGCGACAUACAGAGUUCUGAAAUUGCUCAGAACUUCAACUUAACGAUACUCCCUAUAGGGUAUGACAUCGUGUUUACAAGUCUGAUAUGUUGGAUAAGUUGCAGAAAAGUAUGGGUAAUAUAUUCAUUUUUUGCAGUUUGUCAUGGAUAAUGUACGUAGCUGCUUAUUAAAAUUAAUCAAUUGUCAGUAUCUUAAGGGUAUAUUAUUUAAAUGAUAAAUAAAGGUCCGCAUGAUUUUGAAAAAAGAAUGAUUAUUAGCAAAUUGGUUUCUUAAAAGAGCAAGUCGCGUACAUGCAGUUAUUGUGCAUAUAACAAAGUAAAUUCAGCGUAUGUUCUAUACAUCAGGUUUGAUGUUACUUUAUAAUUUCUGUGUAUUCGGAAGUUUAUUUAUACAAACGGUCAAACACGUCACUAAUUACAUUGACAUUGUCAUUGUAGUCACAUCGCGAGUUUAAUAAAAUCUAGCCCUGAUCUCAAUGAUUUAUGCGACUACUUCAGAGAAAACUAAGCACAUAUAUUCCAGUUUGAAAAAAGUAGAUAAUACGGAUUGAUUUUACGAGCUAUUGAGACUUUGAGUAGUGGAUUUAUAAAGCAUGCUAUCAAUAACUGAUCUUUUGUCUAUUAAUUAUUAUGUGUCAAGUCACGCGCACGGAGCUUUUGCAACAUGAUGUUCAUAUUGACUAUUUAUUUCUCUAAAAUCCCGAUAAACAAGCACAAUAAUUUAAAAUAAUUUAUAAUUUAUCUGUCAAAACCAAAUAACAAGAGAAAACAAGUAUAAAUCCUCACGUUUCGACAGUCUAUCUGAGCAGGCUGUGUCUAGACGUACUGCCUGUCUAUAAGUGUCUGUCUACAUAAUCGGCUGUAUAUUAUAGACAUUAUAAUUUCGUGAUAACAAAACACCCCAUAAUAUUUUUUACAUCUGAUUUGAGAGCAACAUUUGCUCAUACAUUUGUCUAAAUUUGAAGGAAAUCGGAGUUUUACCGGAAAGGGAAAAUUGAUUUUCAAAAAAUGUACCAAACUUAAAAUUUUUUAACUUAAGGUUUUUCUUGUGAUUUCCCCGAUAUUAUAGUCAGUAUAAUUCCGCGGUAACAAAAAGCCCCAAAAUAAUUUUUACAUCAGCUUUUAGAGCAACAGUUUCUCUUUAAAUUCCCUAAAUUUCAAGGAAAUUGGAGUUUUCCCGGAUACGGAAAAUUAAUUUUCAAAAAGUGUAACAAUUUAGAAUUUUUUGGAUCGCAAAAUAAGGCGAUUUUUACACGCUUGCCUUGACUUUGAAACAUCAUUUAAAAGAUUGCAAAAUAGACUAUCGUUGUUUAUAAACAUCUCAUAUACACGUUUAAAAACCGAAAGUGAGGUUUCCUGAAGACGCGAACUGAGCAAAACGAAGUUUUCGAGAGGCUGUGACUCACUAUGUUUUUAGCUAAUUUCACGAAUCUUGGGUACAUGUCAGGUUUUGAUAAUUUUUCGGCGUUUAAAGUAAUAUUUCAGGAAACAAACCCCAUCACGUUUCUAAGUAUACAUUAGUGUAUCACUGGACAAAAUAAGAAAACAUUUCAUUUUUCAUCAUGUGCCACCAGUUGCUCGGUGAUAGUGGAGAUUCCCUCUUAAGCUGUAACCGUAAGUUCAUGCAUAUAUAGGUAAUCGGGUUUGCUGUGCUGAGUGGUUAUAUUACUACCUUAAAAAAUAAGCAGAAACUCGACGUUUCGAGCGAAGGCCCUUCGUCAAGAGUUAGUAGCAGGGAUCGGGAAAAUGCACGGGCUUUUAUACUAAGAGUAUGAAAGCAUCACGUGACAAAAAAUAAACCAAUUAGAUGGAUUUAAUCAUAACAAAGUGUAAACAAAAUAUGUAAAUCGCAUUACAGAAAAUAAUAUAACAAGGCGCCUGCUCCGGCGUUCACACUGGCCUGAAAAUAACGAGAUACGUGCUAUGGUGCAAAAGGCAGGAAUACAAAUCGUAAACCGCAAGCAAAUUUUAUGGACUUUUUAAAAAAAUAAAAGACCUUUUCGGGAGACGUAAUCGAGAUCGAUGCACGUGCAAAUCAUGCCGACCUACAGAAUCGAUUUCCGGUUUUUCCUAACAGCGCGUUGUUUUCAUGUUAGGGUUUGUAAUCCAAGUGAGAAUACAUACAUUUUAAGACCUAACCAGGAACGACUGCGAAAAAUGCAGCAACAACAUUCAUACAACAAUUGUAUUUCGUGACAAAAACUCUAUAGUGUAAACGAGUUUAAAAUUAAAAGAACCUACUUAAACGGUUUCAGCAGCAUAUCCUGUUGCCUGUUGUGUAUUUUUCUUCUCUUUUAUAUUCUUUAUUUGAACACAAACUUGGAAAAUCGUAGUUUCUAAUUAUCUGAGUUCUGCCUCCAUUUUGUUUAUUUAUGUACGUGGCCGGUCGGGGCGGGCAACAAUUUUUCACUUGUUGCCCGGCGGGAAACAUUGCAUUUAUCUGAAGUCACGUGACCACAAAUCAGCCAAUCACGUUUGGUGUUCACGCUAGCUAUAUAACAAACGAGCUUAUUACUAUACUAUCUAAAUCAUGGAACCGAGGGAAUCGAUGGCAUUUUGGCUUAAUCGUUGCACCCUGAGCCUGCGAUGAGCUAACGCAAACUCGAUCUCUCGACUACGAAAAAAACAGAAAAGGGGGAUUUAAAACACUUGGCCUUACAGGCCAGUGUAAUAAAAAUAUAUAAAAAUAUACAGGAAGCUAAAUAUUGUAAAUAAAUCAACGGAGUUGUCACAAAUCCAGUAUUGCACUAAACUUACAUAUAGCGUAUUGUAUUUUAGCCCGAUAUGGUAACGACUGGAAUGCAGACAGUUCCAAUUGAAAAUCAGUCGAAAUUCCUACGUAGACCUGUAGCAAGAAGAGCGAAAGUUUCAAUUGCAAAACUAACAAGUAAACGUGUUGAACAACAGAAUGCUGAGGUACUUUUUGUAGACGAUGUUUAAAAAUAAGGUCUAGUCUAUAAGUAGUAUUCAACUGUAUGCUGUAAAAGAGUUGUCUUGCAUGCCUGACUAGGAUAUCUCAAACCUGGUGGUCCAGUGUACUGUAAAUUAGGAUAUUAGGGUUUGUAAUCCAAGUGAGAAUAUAUACAUUUUAAGACCUAACCAGGAACGACAACGAAAAAAUGCAGCACAAGGUCCUCUGGUAGGAAUUGAACCUACGGCCCUGCGAUUCCGGUGCAGCGCUCUAACCAACUGAGCUACAGAGGCCAGCUGUUAAGCUGUAACCGUAAGUUCAUGUAUAUAUAGGUAAUCGGGUGUGCGGGUAUGAUAAGGUGGACUUGAAUGAUUUAGAUUUUUGCACUUCACUUGGUGGAAUUAAUAUUAGGAUGUUAGGGUUGGUAAUCCAAGUGAGAAUAUAUACAUUUUAAGACCUAACCAGGAACGACAGAGAAAAAUGCAGCACAAGGUCCUCUGGUAGGAAUUGAACCUACGGCCCUGCGAUUCCGGUGCAGCGCUCUAACCAACUGAGCUACAGAGGCCAGCUGUUAAGCUGUAACCGUAAGUUCAUGUAUAUAUAGGUAUUCGGGUUUGCUGUGCUGAGUGGUUAAUGGUUAUAUUACUACCUUAAAAAAUAAGCAGAAACUCGACGUUUCGAGCGAAGGCCCUUCGUCAAGAGUUAGUAGCAGGGAUCGGGAAAAUGCACGGGCUUUUAUACUAAGAGUAUGAAAGCAUCACGUGACAAAAAAUAAACCAAUUAGAUCGAUUUAAUCAUAACAAAGUGUAAACAAAAUAUGUAAAUCGCAUUACAGAAUAUAAUAUAAUAAAAAUAUAUAAAAAUAUACAGGAAGCUAAGACAAUUACUACCAAAAAUAAUAAAAACAAAACAAAACAAAACAAAACAAAACAAAACAAAACAAAACAAAACAAAGCAAAACAAAACACAAGUGGGAAUAAGGUAAAAGUAAUAAAUAGAUAAAUGCUGUCCAUGUCUGCUAUAGAAAGGCACGGACAGAUGGAAUUAAAAAAUACCAGAAGGGUGAACAGUGCCAAGUUUGGAUAUGAGGCGCAUUUCAUGUUGUUUGCGGUCCCUGCUACUAACUCUUGACGAAGGGCCUUCGCUCGAAACGUCGAGUUUCUGCUUAUUUUUUAAGGUAGUAAUAUAACCACUCGGCACAGUAUUUUCACAUUGGUAGGCUACUACCAUGUUUUUAAACAAAUUUCCCAGCCAAAAAUAUAACUCACGAUUCAUUCUGACAGACCUGAGUGCGGAUAAUCAAUGCAAAUAUAUGCAUUUUCAAUUCCCAAAGCGAACAUCGCGGCUAUGUAUCUCGGCUAUUUGGCGUCAUUUGAAAACAGAAAAUUUUGCAUAAAAUGAAGCAAAUUUUGCAUAAAACUAAGCAAAAUACAAUCGCGAAAAACUAUUGAUAUAUCGGUAUUGUCGGUAUUUUUUCAGGAACUACAAUGCGGAUAAUUAAAUAACUAAGAACGAUUUUCAACAACUUGGGCACGCUACGAACGGGAUACUACUUAUACAGUACUAUAUAGUCAAACAUAGCAUUUUUUAUGCUCCUGGAUCCUGGAUAUUUGGCAAAACCGAUACGCUUUCUUUUCGUCUCUUCCGUGUAGCAUUUUGUGUUUCUUAGAACAUGUAACUUACACAGUUUGUGUAUUUGCAGAAACUUAACUUUCUCUCAACCCUUGGUCUCAUCACAGUAUCGAAAUGUCGAGGUGAGUUGAAAAUGAAUAACUGCUUCGUUGUGUGGCGCUAUAACAAACUGCCGGAAAUGAACAAAAGGUUUCCCCUAAACUCUUCCCAAUACAUUAUUCGGGUUUGCAAUCAAAAUUGGAUAUAAUACUUGCAUGAUGCAUAAACCCACGCCUCGGUAGGAAAGGGAGUGCACAAUACAUACCUUGCUCGACAUAUACAGUCGACUUGCCACCAUAGUUAAUUAAAUAGAAUAGAUGGUUUGUAAAUUCAUUAGAUGAACAAAAUAACCCAUUAUCUAUGUUACUCAACGUUUAUUCAUAAAUCUGGUCCUUCACCGUCACGUGCGUAUUGUAUUUUUGCCCAAAUAACCAAUAACAAUGUUUUAGGAAAGUUACCUAUUUGUGACUCGAACAAUAGGGUAAAUUGGAAAUUGCUAUUGGUGGAUUUGGCAAAAAUACAAUACACACGUGACGGUGAAGGACCAGAUUUAUGAAUAAACGUUGACUAACAUUGAUAAUGAGUUAUCUUGUUAUUCUAAUGAGUUUCCAAGCCAUCUAUUCUAUUAACUAUGUUGCGACUGAGGAGCGAGUAUACUCGCACAUAUUCGUCAGUAUAGAUAGCAAUUCUCAUAAUCUUGAACGGUCUGUGUAGAUAUAGGGAUGCAACUACCUGGAAAAUACAAGGAGAACUUCGACGUUUCGAGCGAAGGCACUAGUCGUCGGGAAGUUAGUAGCGACGAAGGGCCUUCGCUCGAAUUAACGUGAAAGUUCUCCUUGCAAAAGAUACAUUGGAUAACAACGUUAUAUUUUUAGACCAUUACUCAAUCGUAAGGAAAGACAGAACUCGUGCCCAACAUGGUGGGGUUUAUACAUAGAUAUCUUAUAUACACUAGAUAGUGCAUCUAAUUAUUCUGAAAUUCAAAAAUUGAAGCCGUGAUUGCAGUCUCAGGUCGUUCCAAUGAAAUUAGAAGAUUCGUAUGUUUUCUAUUUCUUAAACAGGGAACUUAAACAUUAAGUUAACCCUACUCCAAAUUCGUUUUUAAAAUAUUCAAAUGAUGAAAAUUAUUGUUGUUUUUAAGCGUUUAUUAGCGAGUGGGAACGACCAACAUGGCCACCAUCUAUUCAAAUGGGGGUAACCGCUGGAAUAUUGUUGGCUUCAAUUUUACUAAAAGAGAUGCGCUAUCUAGUAUAUAUAAGAUAUCUAUGGGUUUGUAUAUAUGUAUGUUAGAGCGUCUACUCCUGUCACUAUUCUAACCGAAUACGACGUAGAGGAUGUGGAAAAAUUGUGGUGUAAACUAAGACCUAGCCGACUGCCUCGAGGUUUUUCUCAUCUUAUUGUUGCAACAGUUUACCAUCCACCUACUGCUGACGACAACGUAUUAAUUAACCACAUAAUUGACACUCUUUCGAAAAUAGAAAGCACUAUGCCCCAUGCUGCGAUUAUAAUAGCUGGUGAUUUUAACCGCCUUAACAUUAACCAAAUUACAAAUCAAUUCCGUCUGAAACAACUGGUUAAAUUUCCUACUAGAGGUGAACGUACUUUGGACUUGAUUCUGACUAAUUUAGCUAAAUUUUACCAAAACCCUGAGAAAAAACCACCCUUCGGCUUAUCAGACCAUUUUACCAUUACUAUUUUUCCAAACUUACUGCCAAGUUUGUCCAAUACAAAGAAAUUAAUACCAGUGCGCAAAAGGAACAAGAGCUCAUUUGAAGCCUUAGGAAGAUUUUUAAGCAAUUUGGAUUGGUCCGUACUUAACUCUUCGCCUACCAUCGAAGAACAGUUAAAUUAUUUUAACGACUCACUAAUAAUUGGUUUAAAUUCAAUGAUGCCCUCAAAACUUGUUAAAUUGCAUAAAAAUGACACCCCUUGGAUGACCCCAUAUCUUAAGGGCUUAAUUCACCAUCGUCAAAAAGCCUUGAAAGAAAACAACAUCUUGGUUUUCAAAUUUUAUCGUAAUAAAGUCAACCGUGAGAGAAAAAUUAUCAAAUCGAAAUUUUACAAAUGCGAGAUUGAACAUCUAAAACACGUAGAUCCGAAGAAAUGGUGGUCGACCUGCAAAAAGAUCUGUUGUAUGUCAAAACCAAAUACCGGCAUCGUAAAUAAACUACUGGAAAUGGAAUCGCCGUCUACCAAUUCUAAAAUUCAACUGGCCAAUGAUAUAAAUUCGGCUUUUCUGAAACCCUUGCAAAGUUACCCGAAACUAUCCCCUAGUAGUAAAAUUGAAGUGACGAACCAUCGGAUUCCUAAAGUUUCCAAUGAAUCUGUUGAGAGAAAACUAAGAACAAUCAAAGAAUCUAAAGCACCCGGUCCAGAUGAGAUUCUCAACUGGUUUCUAAAAACCUUUAGCCAUCUUCUUGCUGAACCAGUAUGUUAUCUAAUUAAUUCGUCUUUCCAAAAACAAGUUCUACCUACUAUAUGGAAAAAGGCCAAUGUCAUCCCUUUACCAAAAAAUCAGACCAUCGAAGAAUUUAAUAAAGAUCUACGGCCGAUUUCUCUUGCGCCUACUUUAUCGAAAAUCGCUGCCGUUUUGAAGCAUAUAAGACCAGACCAAUACGGUUGUGUUCCCUUUUCAUCCACUAAACAUGCCCUAAUAUACCUGAUCCACUAUUGGCUUGAAGCUACUGACGCUACGGGUUCAGAAGUGAGAGUAAUAUUGAUGGAUUACAAAAAAGCGUUCGAUCUAAUAGACCACAAUUUGCUGAUGUGUAAAUUGGAAAGCUAUGGAAUCAAUCCCUAUAUUUUAAUUUGGAUUCACGAUUUUUUAAGUGACCGCAAGCAAAGAGUUAAAUUGGAGAAUGAUAUAUUCUCAAGUUGGGACGAUGUAUCAGCGGGCGUUCCUCAAGGCUCCACAUUAGGACCAUGGUUAUUCUUAGUGAUGAUUAAUGAUCUAAAACUUGAAUCAUCAGACGGAAAUGCAAUCUUCGUCGAUGAUACAACAUCCUUCGAAAUUGUGGAUAAUCAAUGGCAAAUCACCGCCCAGGUUAUUGUGGACGAAAUAUCAAAUUGGUCAAUUCAAAAUAAAUUUCAAAUCCAACCAAUAAAAUGCAAACAAAUGUGAAUAUCCUUUAAACAAGCUCCCUCCACAUUUGACGAUUUACCUAUAUAAAUGGCACCACUAUUGAAAUUGUGUAUUCUUUUCAACUUCUGGGUUUGACCAUUCAAAACAACCUUAAGUGGGACAAACACGUUGAAAAAAUUUGCAAAAAGGCAUCAAAGCGUCUUUAUUUUUUAUCCCAGUUGAACGUGCAAAAGUUCAAACUAAAGAAUUAGUGGAAUUCUAUGUUACGUGUAUUCGUCCCGUCCAGACUUAUGCAUGCUUGUGACUGACUUACAUUAAAAUCAUCAUUGGAACGCAUUCAAAAAAGAGCAAUGAGGAUUAUUCAUGGCUAUGAUACACCCUACGAUGUUGCAUUGGAAUUAUCGAGCUUGGAAAGACUGUUGGCCUAUCGGGACAAUUUCUGCGAUGAUCUUUUAUUAAAGGUCUCCCGUAAUACAGAGGACAAAUUGCAUAAUCUUUUACCUUUUAAUACGAACAGAAACUUACCUUUAAAAAACAUUAGGAAAUUUUCCGUCCCCAAGCGUAAUAAGGACCGUUUUAAAAAUUCCUUCAUUAACAUUACAGCUAGUCGUUACAAUGAGUUUUAUUGUAAAUAGUUAUAUAGUUUUUAUGAUAAUUUUCUAAAUUACCUGUUGUAAACAUAAUCAAUUCAGUUUGUAAACUGUAAUUUAUGUAUAUUUAAAUAAACUACUUCUACUACAUCCUCUUCAAUCCGAAGCUUUCUUAUUGCCCAUGCAUAACCUAGUUUUUGAAGUACUACACUGUGCCGUAAUUUUAUUUUGUAGAAAUCAAUUCUCAGAAAAACGAACGGAGGAGGAGAACAAGCGCAAUAUUUUCACCCUAUAGUUCUUUUCAGUUCUUUGAUGAAGUAAGAUCAUAACCUAUAAGAUCAUAACCUAUAAGUAUGUAUAUAAAAAACCCAGGUAACAUUUUGCAGUUGUGUAUGGAUACACAAUAUAGGAUACUCAGUAUGACGUCAUAACGUGGUAAGAACAAAGAAGUGACCCACGAGCCAAGUAUAAAUAACAUCCGCUGUGUGGCUGUAACUCCGGCUCAGCAGCUCUCUAUUAUGAUAAUUAUAAAUAAAGUUUCACAACUUCUUUGACCUUUAGUGCUGAUCCUUUAUGGAUCAAAUUAGGAAACCUUUUUAAUUUAAAAAAAUAGGACGAAACGUUUGAAUUAUUCCGUAAAAUAACAGGACUCACAUUUUUAUUGAUUAUACAUUUAAUUCGACUUUUAGCCAAAGCGACCAUCCACUGGAAUUAAACGAGGACGUGGUAUGUCAGUCCAAUUUAUGUUUUGCAUUAAGCCCCAUACAGACAAGCGUGGUUUCCUUGACAAGUUCACCUUCUCGUAUGUGCACGAUCAAUAAGUUUUCCUUGACAAGUUUCCUUGACAAGUUUACCUUCUCGUAUGUGUACGAUCAAUAUGUUUUCCUUGACAAGUGUACCUUCUCGUAUGUGUACGAUCAAUAAGUUUUCCUUGACAAGUUUACCUUCUCGUAUGUGUACGAUCAAUAAGUUUUCCUUGACAAGUUUACCUUCUCGUAUGUGUACGAUCAAUAAGUUUUCCUUGACACGUUUACCUUCUCGUAUGUGUACGAUCAAUAAGUUUUUCUCGACAAGUUUACCUUCUCGUAUGCAUGUGUACGAUCAAUAAGUUUUCCUUGACAAGUUUCCUCGACAAGUUUACCUUCUCGUAUGCAUGUGUACGAUCAAUAAGUUUUCCUCGACAAGUUUCCUUGACAAGUUUACCUUCUCGUAUGCAUGUGUACGAUCAAUAAGUUUUCCUCGACAAGUUUCCUUGACAAGUUUACUUUCUCGUAUGCAUGUGUACGAUCAAUAAGUUUUCCUUGACAAGUUUCCUUGACAAGUUUACCUUCUCGUAUGUGUACAAUCAAUAAGUUUUCCUUGACAAGUUUACCUUCUCGUAUGUGUAUGAUCAAUAAGUUUUCCUUGACAAGUUUACCUUCUCGUAUGUGUACGAUCAAUAAGUUUUCCCCGACAAGUUUACCUUCUCGUAUGUGUAUACGAUCAAUAAGUUUUCCUUGACAGGUUUUAUCACUCGUGUGAAUGUCGCCUUUUUGUUUGCCAAGACCAUGCAUAGAAGUAUUCUUGUACACUUGUCAGUUUUUCUUGACGGCUGUACAAACAAACAAAUUUUCCUUGUAAAUUGUAAUGAUUAAAACUAAAAUGUGUCACAUUAGCAAAAUUCAGUGACAAUUACUGUAUAUUAUUUGUGAAUUAUAUGUCAUUGUUACUGUAGGUCGUCCAACGAAGAACGGCGAGAGUGGUCUGAAAUCACCAAUAUCACCAUCUCCUGUGUUUGUUCCUAUCAAUGGCUUCAAGCCACCAAAUAAUGGGGAUCCAUCGCUCAAUCAAACAUCUCUUUCAUCAGAAACUUCACCCAAGGUUUGUACAUUUCUUAUGCAUGAAGAUAACGUUUGUAUAUAGUAUAUUUGGUAGAUGAUAUCGCGUUAAUUUAUAUGGGGAACCAUUUACAUUGCUUCUUGUCAAGUCCCGUUUACAUUACGCUCAAUUUUUGGUGCGGCACGGAUAAAAUUGUUACCCGUACUACUUUUUUGGUUCUUGGAUUUAGGUAGUCCAAGAACCAAAAAAGUAGUACGGUACCAAAAAUAGAGUGUAGUGUAAACGGGGCUGACCAUUUAGAUAGUCCAAUAACCAAAAAAGUGGUACGGGUACCAAUUUUAUCCGUGCCGUACAAAAAUUGAGCGUAGUGUAAACGGGGCUUCAUAUACAAGCAAGCGAUAGUUACUUGCAAUAAUUUCUUUAUUCAUCUUUAGUAUAAUUACAUAGGUGAUUAUUGAAAAUUCUCCACGCUGAUUGGUUGCCGUUGAGGUGAUUAUUACGCGAUAAUCACCUAAGCGAUUUUCAAAAUGGCGGCCGAAGCCUUUUUGUCAAUUAAAUGAUGAAGAAAUGUGUAUUUUCUUAUUUUUUUCCAAAUAAUCACCUAUGAAAUUAUACUAAAACAAUUAUUCACCACAGGCUCG